GUUAAGAUUGCAGUUGAAUGCAGAUAAAGUCUAGCAUCUUCUAUGGCAGUAAAUCUUAUGCGUGCAAUUCAAUUGUACAAAUUAGAAGUGUUCACUUGAAGUUCCCAACUGCUGGCUUACUGCAAUUUGGCUAAAGAAAAAUUCAUCACCGCAAUAUGCGCAACACACACCUAGAACAAAAAAAAUUGAAGAAAACUCUGGGAAAAAGAAGUGGCUGGUGGAAGUGGCAGGAAAAUUGUCAUAAAGGUGCAACUGACAACAGCAGAAGAGGCGAUGGCGAGCAGCAGGACACAGGACAUGGGGCACUACAGGAUGAGGAUGGGGAUGAGGACAUAGGGCACAGGACACAGGACACACACAGGACGCAGAGUCAAGGAGCCAGCGAGCAAAAAGUGUCAACCUGUCAUUUUCUUUUUAUUUUUGGACGCCAGCAACGCAAGUGGAAAACGCAAUUUCAUUAGACAAAUUGAAAAAAAUAAGUGCAAGCGUACACAACAACAGGCACCAAGGACUACAAGAGAGGCGCCUCUUUAUCCUUUAUACAUAUAUAUACAUGCAGUAUAUAUAGUUCUAUGUACAUCCUAUGUACCAAGAAGACUGACGCCAUAUUGCGGACCAUCUAAAGAUUUUCGCUUGUCGUUUGCCAUUCGUUGCGAUUGUUUUUCACACGCACAUACGUGUAGGAGCGGAAUGGAAUAUGUAUGUAUAUAAGGAUGUGAAUGGGCAUCCAACGGUGGAGCAGCCUCGUCCUUUUCAACAGGAUGCUGCGCGCGCGUUGAAAAGAGGCGGAGACUCUCUGCCCAAGCGAAAAAAAAUAUACCACAACACUUUUCGAGGAGCACAGCGGAAAAAAAGCAAAAAGAAAACAGUGAAUGCAGCCGGGACUCCUUCUUAUCAACGGACUCGGUUCGGCAGCACUCGCUUUCCCCGCUUUCCGCGCUUUCCCAACUUUUCUGCUUUUUCCCCCAAAAAACGAUGCGACGUCGCUGAUUGGAAGCUUCGGCAAACAGCUCGUUUUUGGGGCGGAGCAUAAGCUUUCGUCGCAGUGGCGUCGCCAAAUGGGGGAGCAUUUUGCUUCAA